AUGAACGUCUUCCGAAGCUUGCGCCCGGUCGCCGCGCGGGUCCCGUUCCAGCGGUCGACCCUCCCCCUGGUUGUCCGAGCUUACAGCUCCAAGUCCUACGAGUACAUCCAGGUCUCGACCCCGAAGCCCGGCGUUGGCCAAGUCACUCUGAACCGACCCAAGGCGCUCAACGCCCUCUGCACCCCGCUCAUCAACGAGCUCAACGAGGCGCUCAACGACUUCAAUGCCGCCGACGACACCUCCGUCAUUGUCCUCACCGGCUCGCAGAAGGCGUUUGCGGCGGGCGCGGAUAUUAAGGAGAUGGCGCCGCUGACCUUCUCCGAGGCGUAUACCAAGUCGUUCAUCGAGUCGUGGUCGCUGUUGACGACGCAAAUCAAGAAGCCCAUCAUUGCCGCCGUCUCGGGCCACGCACUGGGUGGCGGCUGCGAGCUUGCCAUGAUGUGCGACCUCAUUUACUGCACUGAGAACGCCAACUUUGGCCAGCCCGAGAUCAAGCUGGGCACCAUCCCUGGAGCCGGCGGCAGCCAGCGCCUGACACGCGCGAUCGGCAAGGCCAAGGCCAUGGAGCUCAUCCUCACGGGCAAGUCCUUCUCCGGUGCCGAGGCUGAGAGGUGGGGGAUUGCCGCGCGGACGUUCCCGACAUACGAGGCGUUGAUGGAGGAGACGCUCAAGCUGGCGGAGACGAUUGCGGGAUACUCCAAGGUGGCGGUCCAGGCGUGCAAGGAGGUGGUCAACAAGAGCCAGGACCUGCCGCUGCGGGACGGAGUCGAGUUCGAGAGGCGCGUCUUCCACAGCCUUUUUGGCAGCCAGGAUCAGAAGAUUGGUAUGAAGGCGUUUGCGGAGAAGAAGAAGGCCGAGUGGACGCACUCGUGA